ACAGCACUGUCAAAGAAGUCAUGACGAUCUUUUUCAAUAGAUUUUGAAGAAAACCUUGUGAUUGCAAUCAGAAACCCGCAAUGAAAUUCAUAGUUCAUCAUUUACUUUUCUUGCUUCUCCUUGGAAGUGUGGCUCUGGCUGACAAUGGCGUUGAAGAGUUUGACGAUGCAAACCGAUAUGCCAUCGAGGGCAAAGUGUAUCCGCCGGAGUUGUACGGUGAUGCGGAUCUAACUUGGCAGCUAGAUACACAGAUAUCGAUCAACAGUGGUGAAUACAAGGGCUUUCUUCGGGAGGAUGGCACCUUCGUUAUCAGUUCGAUACCUUCCGGUAGCUAUGUAGUAGAAAUUAUUAAUCCAGACUACUUUUACGAACCUGUAAGGGUAGAAAUAAAUCCGAAGGGGAAGUUCCGUGCUCGCAAGCUCAACUACGUGCAACCAUCGCAAGUGCUUCCCGUUCCAUAUCCACUCAAAUUGAAGGCACUUACCCGGUUCAGAUAUUUCCAACAGCGCGAGCAAUGGAAGAUUACAGACUUUUUGUUCAAUCCGAUGGUCUUAAUGAUGAUUCUGCCCCUAGGCAUUAUGCUUAUCUUGCCUAAAAUAAUGAGUGAUCCAGAAACGAAAAAAGAAAUGGAGAAUCUUAACUUGGCCAAGAUGACCAACGAAAUGCCGGAAUUUAGCGAAAUGAUAACAUCGUUCUUUACUGGAGGCGCCACUGCAGCUGCCGCAGCGAAUGCUGCUAAGGAAAAAGAGAAAUCAAAGCCAAAGCAAAGCAAAAAGAAAAGUCAGAAUUAGAUGUCUGUGUUUAACCUAGUAAAAACAACACAAGAUUGCUUUUAGUUGGAAAUAAAUUAUUAUCCUAAUAAAUUGAGUCACAUC